GUGUAAAAGUAAACAAACCUGUUCCGGGGCCUUCCUUCUCACACGCACGCAUCAUGCAGUCAGAUUUUGUCAGAUUUUGUUUCUAAAGUUUCGUCUUGCCAGGAAAAAUCAAUUUUUACGUGCUUGUCCGAGUGUUUCCACGUCGAAAAGUAGUUGAGUGGAUUUGGUGCUUGGCAAGAUGAUGUCGAAUAGCGUAGAAUUUGAGGAGGAAUUCCUCUUUCCUACUCCGGAGCAGUUUUACAAGUCCAACUAUGAGCAGAUCCACAUUUUGUACUCCACGGGGGAUGAACUGCUGGAACCUCCGUCGCUGGAGAUUCUGGACGGGCAGGAGAUGGAGGAAAUCAUCGAUUAUGAACCGCAGGGCGAAGAGGAAUUUCUCCUGGAGUCAGAACAGGACCAAGCCAUUGCAUCGAUCGUUCCAGAACAAGCUUCGGCCGUGUGUUGUUCACUCUGCCUACGGCGUUGUCCACAAGCUGUGGCCAUUCAGUUCGAAACGGCUGCCGAAUGUCAGGAAAAGCUUAAGAAUGUUCUCCACCUGAAGUUGGAACUGGCCACUGAAAACUGUGCCGUUUGUCGAACCUGCUGGAAGCUUGUGGAAACUAUCGCCGAUUUUAAAGAGUGCUGUAUUAAGGCGGCCAAGGGCACCAAAAAGAUUUCCAAGGGUUUGGUCUACCGGGAGGAAACUGACUCCUGGCUGACCGAGGGAACGGCCGACCUCAUUGGCCGCAUGCAACAGACCGUCAAGGGUCACAUGGAAAGAGUCGACCGGGCGGUGAAGACUGUCCCCCGGAAGAAACCAACCAGGAACGUGAUUAUCAUCCCGUUCCCGGAUCCAGCUUUAACAGAGGAGGUCGCUAUGGAAUCAGUGGAAAACGAAGAAUCAAAUAAUACCAUCAAGGAGAUUGUGGUGCGAGAGUGUGGAAAGUGUCAACGCCGUUUCGACACCGAAAGCGGUUUGCGGAUUCAUACGUCGCGCUGCAAGGGCCCGACGGAUGCGGACGAAAGCUGGCACACCUGCUCGGUGUGUUCCGUUUCGUUCAAGGGGGUCGUUCAGCUCAACUAUCACAUGAAUAAGCAUAAAGGGAUCCAACCGUUCAAAUGCCGCAAAUCGUGCGAGAAGACCUUCUACAGUGCCAUGACCCGAAUCAACCACGAAAAGUCCUGCGGCUCGAUUGGCCGCAUCUGUCAGAUCUGCGGCGCCGUGCUCAAAUCCGAGGGAACCCUGAAAAAUCACAUGGCUUACAUCCACGGACACGCCAGCCUCCCGUGUACCAUUUGCAGCCAGCUGUUCAAGUCACAGAAAGCCCUCCGCCGCCACGUGCUGGUCCACUCGGGCGAACGGAAGCACCCCUGCAAUGUGUGCGGCAAGGCGUUCAAAACGAACUACGCGGCCCGGGUCCACAUGCGGAUCCACACCCAGGAAAAGCCCUUCCAGUGCGAGCAGUGUCCGGAGGCGUUCGCGGUCAAGUGUCUGCUCAAGGCGCACGUGACUCGCAUCCACGAGGCCGUCAACUGCGAUGACCUCUAGGGCCUAAACUUCAAAGGUAAAACCAAAUGUUUAUUUACAAUCCGAUCACUUUUUCCUGCGUGUGAGUGUGCAAAGUAUUAAGUCAGCGAAAUCAUUUACGUCCAAUACGGUUCAAGCGAUUUUUGCUUGAAGGUGAGUUUAUCACGUUUAUCAGCUUAACAAUUUUUAAGUGAUAUAAAAAAACAACACACAUUCUGAAAGCACAGUA